GGGAGGCGGCAGAGGCGGCUCAGCCUCUCCCUUUGCUGAGGCACGGCCGGCGGGAGGGGGCUGCGCCGCUCCCCUCACUCGCCUCAGAGGGCAACCGUCACUGCGCGAGGAGGAGGGCGGUGGCAAGGCCCGUCCCACUCUUCCAUCCCUCCCGGCCCUCAGGGGGGACCCAGGCGGCGGCGGCGGCGGAAGGCAGCGGGAGGGGUAGCAGCUGCCACGGAACCCAUGGGACCGGGUUCGCAGAUGACUUUCCCUCCGCCCACCCCCGGACUCCAACACGGCCAUUCCGCCGCCAAUACGUUCCCUUACCUGCCUCGCGCAGGGCGUCGGGCAGCGACUACGCGGCGAGGAGAGACAUAGGGAGGGGAGGAGGUGGGGGACCUGUGAACUGGAGGCGUUAGGACUACACUUCCCAGCGUGCCGCGGGGGCCGCCGAGCGUUUUCUGACGCCAGCGCGCUGCGGCGUCACUGCUGCACUCGGCAGUGACCUCACAGAGGCGUUGUCACCGUCGUUCGCCCCGGCAGCGCGGCGGCCCAAGUUCAGCAGCUCCUGCGUGCCGCUCCGUCCCGCCUCAGCGACCGGCCCUCCUCUGCGUCCCCGCCUGUUGGAGGAGGGGCCGCCCGGCUGCCUCCCGGGAGGGCGGUUUCGCUGCCUUUCCUUUGGCUUCCCUUCGUCUACUGACCCACGCGUUACGCGCGGCUUCGUCGGCUCCGGGCCCGCCUUUGUCAGGUUCCGGGCCCUCAUCUAGGCCCGUCCCUCCUCCCGGAAGCCAUGUCUGAGCAGACGGGCUUGGCCCUGCCGCAGACCAUGGACAGAAGCUGCUGGGUUUGUUUUGCUACUGAUGAGGAUGAUCGGACAGCAGAGUGGGUGAGACCUUGCAGGUGCAGGGGCUCUACGAAAUGGGUUCAUCAGACUUGUCUACAGCGCUGGGUGGAUGAAAAGCAAAGAGGAAACAGUACUGCUAGAGUUGCUUGUCCUCAGUGCAAUGCAGAAUAUUUAAUAGUAUUUCCAAAGCUAGGUCCAGUUGUUUACGUUUUGGAUCUUGCAGAUCGACUGAUCUCAAAGGCAUGUCCGUUUGCUGCAGCUGGAAUAAUGGUGGGCUCUAUAUACUGGACAGCUGUAACAUAUGGAGCUGUGACAGUGAUGCAGGUUGUGGGUCACAAAGAAGGUCUUGAUGUCAUGGAGAGAGCUGAUCCUUUGUUUCUUUUGAUUGGACUUCCCACUAUCCCAGUCAUGCUAAUAUUGGGCAAAAUGAUUCGUUGGGAGGACUAUGUGCUCAGACUGUGGCGCAAAUACUCUAAUAAACUACAAAUUUUGAACAGCAUAUUUCCAGGCAUUGGAUGUCCUGUUCCUCGUAUUCCAGCAGAGGCCAAUCCUUUGGCAGAUCAUGUCUCUGCUACACGUAUUCUAUGUGGAGCUCUAGUUUUCCCUACUAUUGCCACAAUAGUUGGCAAGCUGAUGUUCAGCAGUGUUAACUCAAAUUUACAAAGGACAAUCUUGGGUGGAAUUGCUUUUGUUGCUAUAAAAGGAGCUUUUAAGGUCUACUUCAAACAGCAGCAAUAUUUGCGCCAAGCUCACCGUAAAAUUUUAAAUUAUCCUGAGCAAGAAGGAGCGUAAGGCUGUGAUCUCCAGAUGUCCUACAUCCUCACCAAACAGGUUUCCAUGUUGUAUUGGUUCCAUCGUUAUUGCACAGUAGUGAAGAAUUGUGAUAAGUUGCUGCUCCUGUUUUUCAUUUUUCCUCUCUAUAUAAUAAAACACUGUCUUGUGGCAGGGUAAAUCCUUUCAGCAACCACUGAAGCUAAGAAUGUGACUUGGCAUUCAUUAUUUUUGGAUAUUUCUGUCGGGCAGCAGGCUUCUGAAUUACUUUCUUUGAGCCAAUAUGCUGAAUAGGAAAAAAAAAUCAACUACAGAGCAAGAACAUUUUAAAUUGUGUACUUAAUAUAGGCUAUAUCCAAUUGCCUUUUCUUUUACGUGCUUUCAUACCCACUCUCAUCCAGUUCAGCAUUUCACACAAUGAGGGUUUGGUUUUGGUUUUUUUCAAAGGAAAUGGGAGUUGUUACCAAGGAGACAUAAUUGUGGUACAUCAGCCAAUAAAGAUUUCCUUGGCUCAUGCUGGUAUCAAAAAUGGAGUGUGAAAUACUCAAAUAACUGGUCAGAGAAAGCAGAGGAUGUAUCACUCCCUACAGGAUUUGUGUGCCAGCUUUAGCCACCUAAGUACUAGUUGUUGAAAUUAGCAUGGCUUCUAGGUGAGUACUUUAUUGCUGGUAAUUUUUAGUGUCCUGUUGUAUCUUCAGCAGUGCCUACUAAUAUUUUCCCAUGGUUCUUUUACUGUUUUGUUACUGGUGCUGGAUAGCAUUUUUUUCCUCCACAGUAAAAUAAUUACAUGGGAGAGGUAAAUUUCAGUUGUUUAUUUUACAGUUAUCUAUUAAAGCACUCGUUUAGUUUAAAUGUUCCUUUUGAUUAUGUAAAAACCUGUACAGGUACAAAGAACAGUAGAAAUGUGAGGAAACAGCACUGGGCACUAAAGCUACAUUUAAAUUGAUAAAUCAGGGCAUCCUUUGAACUUCCAGACCUGGGUCUGUAACUUGGCUCUGUACCAGUAGUAGGCUCUCUGCUGGCAAUAUGAGCUGUAGAGGAAGAACGAUUGGCUGGGAGGGGGUGACACUGGAGUUGGGGUACCUAAUCUGAACAUGGCACACACCAGUAGGAGAGACAUUCUUAGGACAACUGGGCUCCAUUCUGUAAAUUACUAAAGGAUAAAUCUUAAAUGUGUAAUGAACUAGUUUUUCAUACAGUGAGUCUGUUCAAAGUAGCCAGCUGAGGGAAACAUUAGCACUUCAGUUAUUGAUGUAUUUAUAAAUUUAAUUUUAACAGAAACUAAAUGUUUUGUGAAGUUAAAUUUUUACAAACAUAAUAGGCCAUUUGAUAGUCAUGCCAGACCUAACCUAGAUUUAGUACUUGAAGUUUUUUCAUAACAACAAUUUAUUUGUUAUUCUCAAAGUUGCUUUCUCCUUUCUUGUUUGUAUUAGUAUGUCAAAUGCAUGGAGAAAGGUUGAAAAAAAACUUUUAGUGGAAGUGUAAGUAAAUAUUUCUCUUCACUAGAAAGGAAGUAAAUGCAGAAUGGACUUCAUAUAUGACUGCAAUAAUGUAUGUUAGAGAAAUUCAAAAUAAUGAUACCUUUUCUAUAGUAUGUUUAUCUUAAUUGCUGAGAUGUAAUAUUUUAGAACUGUACAAAAGUGUAUAUAAUGACCAACUAGUAUUCCAAAACUAUACAGGUAUUGGAAAUUAUACAGUCAGUAUCAAAUACUUUUGAGGUUCUUGCUGUAACUAAAGAAUUACUAUAAUCUUGUAAGUCUGCUGAUUAUAUUUGUCUUAGUGAGCUCACUUUUAUAUAAAACUCUAAAUAGAGUAUCAACCUCUGAAAGUUGUUGCUUUCUCUAAGGUAGUCUUGAAACAAUUUAAUAUGUACUUCUUACAGAAAUCCUUAUUUCAAGAAAAUAGCUUUUCAGUGGUCUUUGCUGUAUAUAUUUCCAACCAAUUUAUUACUGUUUUUUUUUAAGUCUUGUGAAGAAAUCAAAUUAUGCAAAUUAGUGGGUUUGAAAGUUGAUGAAAUUUGUUCCAUGGGGAAAGCACAUUGUUUCUUCUUGAAGUUAAAGGUAUUGUAAAAAUACAAUUAUAAAAAUACUGUAUGGAUUAUAAAAUAAUUUCACCUGAGUGGCAGAAUGUCAUUACUCUGUUGUAAAUCUUGUUUUUAAGUAUUGCAAAUUAUACUUAUGUUGAAUUAGGUUGAAUAAAUAUUUUUUACACUC